UUCAUUCAUUCUCAUGAAAAAUCUUUCAGAUUUUCACGAAAAUUUACCAUUUCAAUAAAAUAUUAAUUAAUAAAGUAAAUCGAUAGUAUCAAUGUACUUGGUAUAAUUUAACCAUCGCAAUGCCCCUUACAGCGCGCCAGAGAAGCAUACACAAUAAAAAUGGUGCUAAAAGAGCGGCAAGUUUCAAUAAAGGAAAACGAAAAACUGCCGAGGGUUUGGCGCGAAUCCAGCAUACAACCGAAGAGAAUUCCUUGUGACAAAUGCACCAUCAGAUCUACGGAGUAUAUCAUACCCUGGUGGAGCUGUCGCACUGGUGCUCCUGUUGACUGCCCGCAUAAUAUCUGCAUAUUGGGGGCAGAUAUCGGACUGUGACGAAACUUACAAUUAUUGGGAGCCAUUGCAUUAUUUAGUUUAUGGCACAGGUCUACAGACAUGGGAAUACAGUCCAGUGUAUGCUAUCCGCUCUUACAUGCCGCUGUGGCUGUUUGCUGUGCCAGCAAAGAUGCUGUCGUUAAUGAUGAGCCCUGUCUCUGUGUUCUACACCCUGAGGCUGCUGCUGGCUGUGCUCACGGCUUGUGCCGAGUUCAUGUUCUACAAAGCUGUCUGCCACGAGUUCGGGGUGCAUGUGGGGCGCGUGUGGCUGGCCCUGUCCCUCCCCGCGGCUGGUAACUUCUUCUCCGCCAGUGCGAUGCUGCCGUCAGCGUGGUCGGGAGCGCUCGCCAGCGCCGCGCUUGCUUGCUGGUGGCGACGACGGUACCCGCUUGCUAUUGUAUUUACCGCCGCUACUACGUUACUUAGCUGGCCAUUCACAGCACUUCUCGGACUGCCAAUCGCAAUCGACAUGCUCCUCAUGAAGCACAUGUUUGUGGACUUCUUCAAGUGGUCUCUGGUUUCGCUGGUCGUCAUUCUAGUACCCACUGUGUUGGUUGACUCGUGGCAUUACGGCAGACUGGUCAUUGCUCCGUGGAAUAUAGUGGCAUAUAACAUAUUAACUGAACAUGGACCAGAUUUAUAUGGUGUGGAGCCAUGGACGUAUUAUUUCGUCAAUGGAUUUUUGAAUUUCAACCUUGUUUGGGUACUCGCACUAUCAUGUCCGCUACUCCUGCUGGCCUGCACAGCAAUAGCGACGCGUUCGACGUCCCGCGCGGCAUUCUGCGCGCCGUACUGGUUGGAUCUGAUGCCGUUGGCUCUCUGGCUGGCUGUGUUCAUGAUUCAACCACAUAAAGAGGAGCGCUUCCUAUACCCAGCGUACAGUCUGAUAGUCCUGGCCGGCGCGAUAGGGCUGGACUGCCUCCAGAAGAUGACGUUCGCGGUGGGCACGGAGCUGUUUCGCUGGAGGAAGGAGCGCGAGCGGCGACACUACCUCGCCUACACGGGCCCGCUGAUGGUGCUGUGUGUUGUUGUGGCUGGAUUGGCUGGCGUAUCCCGUAUAGCGGCAUUAUACACGAACUACCAAGCUCCGAUGACUAUUCUCCACGACUUGCCUAAAAGUGAAGGCAUAGUUUGCUUCGGCAAGGAGUGGUACCGAUCACCGUCAAGCUUCCACCUGCCGUCAGGCUACGAGAUCAGAUUCGUGCCCAGCGAGUUCAAAGGGCAGUUGCCAGCGCCGUAUUCUCACGUUCAUAAUGCAACCCGUCUCAUCCAUCCACACUUCAACGACUUAAACAAAGGCGACAAUCGAACGUACUAUCGACCCUCACAAUGCCACUACCUAGUCGACUCGGACUUAAGCAAGCCCAAUACUCUACAACCAGCCUACCACAAAGAUACAACCAAAUGGGAAAUAGUGACCACCAUUCCAAUGCUAAACGCGGACCGUUCGCAUAAAAUAUUCAGAGCGUUCUACGUUCCGAUGUUGUCGUACAGGAACAACGUAUUUGGAAAUUUGUUUCUUUUGAAAAAUAAGUUAUUAUAAUUGUGAUAAGGGUUGUGUGUGAGGACGCGGAUUUAGAGAGAUGGUUGUGGGCUCGACCUCCCAAAAAUAUUAUUAGGUGUAAGUAUUGCUAGAUUUAUUAUUCACAUUAAAAUAUGCUAUGGAAGUGAAACAUUUAUUAUGGUUUUCUCCUCAAAACUCUUGUGAACAGAUUUUUUUGUGACUAACUGAUGGGAUAUUCUAAAUCCGCGCCAUAGGUCAUUAUGUAUAAGUAAUUUGUACAAGGUGUUGAUUGAGACUUAAAAAUGAUGUUAGUUGAGUCUUAAACGCGCUAGAGAUCGUUCUAAACUUAAGUAUAUAGAAUUAUUAAUGAGCAAAUAUUGUCUUCUGUAGUAUAAGUCUAUCGCCAAUAGUAUAAUUAUUCAAAAUGCUACCAUAAUUUUAUAACUACUUCCUAAAACCAUGUUCGAGUCGGUUUUCAAUAUUGAGUCUAUGAAUGUUACUCGGCCAUGGUUUAAUAGCAGCCGUUUUUUAUAAACGAUCUCAAUCUUAAUCUUCGAUCCGAUCCCGAGAAUAGACAAAUCAAAAUAAAUCAUUUGUACGAUUGUCAAAAAAACUUCGUUCUGAUUGGCCCAUUUUCAUUGAAAAUACCGGUGAGACAUUGGUUUUAUAAAUACCGAUCUAAACGUUUCGAUCUACGCAGCAUGGUCAAGAUUUGUUAACAAAAUGCAAAAAGUACAAUAAAAUAUAAUACAUAUCGUGUAAAAUUCGUAUCAAGCAUUAGUAUUGGCUAGAAUCUUCCCCUAACUCGUCUGACUUAGUCCAUUAAAAUGCAGUCAAAGUUUAAUUAGUUUUUUUACAGUCUUGUAAAAAAACUAGUUAAACCUUGACUGCAUUUUAAUGGAUUUUUAUGUCAAAAAAUUACGAAUUUUGACAUAGAUUAUACAAACAUAAUUAUAAUGUUGUCCUAUUUAUCGAUAAAGAAAACAGGAGAUAUAAACUUAUUUAUGCGUUCGUUUGACAAAGCAAGCAAGUUGUCGUUCGCCCAAUGCGAAGUGCCACUCCUGGCAUAAACAGUAGGAAUGGCAGCUAGAAGUUUCAAUUAUAAAUUACUUGACUAUGAUAAGCGCCUGCCAGAAAUCUCUGAUCAAUGGCGAUCAGGUUUUUAUGCUAAAGAAGUGCUUUCUAAUGGAUAGCAAACUUACCGCAAUAGGUAUAUUAGUAAAGCGUAUUUAUCGCUAAUUUAAUAUUAAUAAAUUAUAUGUUAUUUUACUGUAACAUUGAUGAUUUGUUAUACACCCAAUUGCCACAAAAAUACAGUUGCAUUUUCCUUAUCAGUUGCUAACUUGUAUUCAGUUACCAUAUUUAUAGAUUUUUGUUAAGUUUCAAUUAGUGAUUUACUAGUGAAUUAUUUGCAUCGAGUUCACAAGUGAAUCAUAAAUAAUAUACACGAAAUAUAAAAUUUCUAUGAAUAUACUAUAUAGUUGUCCUCAAAAAGUGUUUGUAAUGUCAAUGAAUUGUGACUAUGUUUUUGUCCGUAUAAAAUAAUUACAAGUAUAGGAUUAAGCAUGUCUAGUCAUAACUAAAAUAAUACGUGAUUAAGGGCCUUUUUCACAACUAAGUGAUUGUUACUCGUCACGCAAAUGUAUAAGUCGAUCAAAUAGAAAAGUUACACUUUAAUGUAUGCUCCCAAAUAAUAAAGCAGUACUAUUUACAUUAGCAGCUUAAUAUGUUAACAGUCAAAUAAAAUUCACUUGAAACUUGUGAAGCCGGCCCUUAUUGUAAGAAUUUCAGUGCAAUUAAUUUGUUAUAAUUUUGUGAAAUAAAUCUUUUAUACCAUGUA